CAACGCAAUGUCACCAACAUCACGGAAAUGAAAGUCCCUAAUCAUUAAAUUGUCAAUAAUGUCAGGAAAGAAUGAUUUAUCAAAUAAAUCUCAAAAAAAUGGAAAUUUGGAUUCAAAUAUUCAAUCUAAAGGGGUUAAAAAGAGACACAAGGGGAAAAAGGCCAAUGCCGAAAAUCGUGAGGAAAAGGAAGAGAUAACGCCGGUCGAGGAAUUCGUGAGCGGCACCGACCUAAAUCGUCUCGGGAACAUGAUGACCAUAAAAGAUCUACGUGCGGCCGUCGAGGCAUUCUCCCUUCAAGAGAAACCUGCGAAAACGCAGGAGGAGGCGCUACACAAGUCGUACCAGUUUUGGAGCACGCAACCGGUGCCUAAAAUGGACGAGAAAAUUACGGCGAACGAAGCGAUCGAGGCCGACAAAGAAGUGGCGGAGAUACGAAACGAACCGUACACUCUGCCGGACGGUUUUCAGUGGGACACUUUGAAUUUGGAUGAGCCGCUGGUUCUGAAGGAGCUCUACACUUUACUAAACGAGAAUUACGUCGAGGACGACGACUGCAUGUUUAGGUUCGACUACCAGCCGGAUUUCCUAAAAUGGGCGCUUCAGCCGCCCGGUUGGCGAAAAGACUGGCACUGCGGGGUGAGGGUGAUAAAGAGCGGCCGUCUCGUCGGUUUCAUUUCGGCGAUUCCGGCGACACUAAACAUUUACGACAAGCAGCAGAGGAUGGUAGAAAUUAACUUUUUGUGCGUGCACAAGAAGUUGAGGUCGAAGAGGGUCGCGCCCGUUUUAAUUAGGGAGAUUACGAGGCGGGUGCAUCUGACGGGUAUUUUCCAGGCUGUGUAUACGGCGGGUGUCGUUUUGCCAAAGCCGAUCGGAACGUGCAGGUACUGGCAUCGGUCGUUAAAUCCAAAGAAGUUAAUCGACGUCAAAUUCUCGCAUCUGUCGCGGAAUAUGACCAUGCAGAGGACGUUGAAGCUGUAUAAGUUACCUGAUCAACCAAAGACGCCCGGAUUUAGGAAGAUGACCUUGGGAGACGUUCCAAAAACUCACAAAGUCCUGCAGGAUUAUCUGAAGCGUUUCGACCUCGCGCCCCACUUCUCCCAGGAGGACUUCGUGCACUGGUUCCUGCCGCAGGCCGGCAUCGUCGACAGCUUCAUCGUCGAGAACGGCGGCGUCGUCACCGACUUCGUCAGCUACUACACCCUGCCGUCGACCGUCAUGCACCAUCCCGUGCACAAGACCCUGAAGGCCGCCUACUCGUUCUACAACGUCUCCGCGAAGACGCCGUGGGUCGAUCUGAUGAACGACGGUCUCAUCUCGGCGAAGCAGCUCGAAUUCGACGUCUUCAACGCGCUCGACCUAAUGGACAACAAGGAGUUCCUGGAGACGCUGAAGUUCGGAAUCGGCGACGGCAAUUUGCAAUAUUACUUGUACAAUUGGAAAUGUCCGAGCAUGCAGGCGAACAAAAUAGGACUCGUUUUGCAAUAAUAAAAUUCUGAAUUCGGUUAGCUUCGGUGUGCUAAUUUUACUAGGAGAUCUAUUGUUGGUUAGGUGCAAAUCGUAGAUAGCUAAGAGGAGGUACAUUUUUUUUAAGUAAUUGAAUAUUUAUUGUAUGUAAAACGUCACAUUUCCGAUAUACAUAAAUAGAUGUAAUUUCCUUUGCAAGUACUGUUAUCAUUUAUACAAUUAUUAAAUGUUUUAUUGCCA